UUGCUUUCAUUGAGGAUGUCUGGCUCUCGUAAAGAGUUUGACGUGAGGCAGAUUUUAAAAAUCAGAUGGAGAUGGUUUGGUCACCAGUCAUCAAUCCCUAAUUCUGCAGUGGACAGCCACCAGGGAGACUUCUGGAACAGAGGACAAAAUGCAACAACUGGUGGGACAAAGUUUUUAGAUCCAGGUAACCUACCAUUACCUCUGGCAUCAAUUGGUUACAGAAGGUCUAGCCAACAGGAUUUCCAGAAUUCACCUCCUUGGCCAAUGGCAUCCACCUCUGAAGUCCCUACAUUUGAGUUCACAACAGAAAACUGUGGAGAUGCACGUUGGCUUGACAGACCAGAAGCAGAUGAUGGAGCGAGUGAAGAAGAAAAUGAAUCGGACAGCAGUUCAUGCAGGACUUCCAACAGCAGUCAGACUCUGUCAUCUUGCCAAACUAUGGAGCCUUGUACAGCAGAUGAAUUUUUUCAGGCGCUCAACCAUGCUGAACAAACCUUUAAAAAGAUGGAAAACUACCUGAGACACAAACAACUAUGUGAUGUGGUAUUAGUUGCUGGUGAUCGCAGAAUUCCAGCUCACAGAUUAGUUCUCUCCUCUGUUUCGGACUACUUUGCAGCCAUGUUUACUAAUGAUGUAAGAGAAGCAAGACAGGAAGAAAUCAAGAUGGAAGGUGUAGAGCCAAAUGCACUGUGGGCUUUGGUUCAAUAUGCAUAUACAGGUCGCCUUGAAUUAAAAGAAGAUAAUAUUGAGUGCCUGUUAUCUACAGCUUGCCUUCUCCAGCUCUCUCAGGUUGUGGAAGCGUGCUGUAAGUUCUUAAUGAAACAACUUCACCCAUCCAACUGCCUUGGAAUCCGCUCUUUUGCUGAUGCACAGGGUUGCACUGACUUGCACAAAGUGGCUCACAAUUUCACCAUGGAGAAUUUCAUGGAAGUAAUUAGAAACCAGGAGUUUUUAUUAUUGCCAGCCGCUGAAAUUGCAAAGCUUUUGGCAAGUGAUGAUAUGAAUAUUCCUAAUGAAGAAACUAUACUGAAUGCACUGCUUACUUGGGUUCGACAUGAUUUGGAACAGAGAAGGAAAGAACUUAGUAAGCUGUUGGCUUACAUUAGGCUGCCUCUGCUUGCUCCACAGUUUCUGGCAGACAUGGAAAAUAAUGCCCUCUUUAAGGAUGACAUUGAAUGUCAAAAACUCAUUAUGGAAGCAAUGAAAUACCAUCUGUUGCCCGAGAGACGACCCAUGUUACAAAGUCCUCGCACAAAGCCUAGAAAGUCUACAGUAGGAGUGUUGUUUGCAGUUGGAGGAAUGGAUGCAACAAAAGGAGCUACGAGCAUUGAAAAAUAUGAACUGCGUACCAACAUGUGGACUCCUGUAGCAAAUAUGAAUGGGAGAAGGUUACAGUUUGGAGUUGCAGUAUUAGAUGAUAAGUUGUAUGUUGUUGGUGGUAGAGAUGGACUGAAGACAUUGAAUACUGUGGAGUGCUACAACCCCAAAACAAAAACUUGGAGUGUAAUGCCACCUAUGUCCACACAUCGGCAUGGCCUUGGGGUAGCUGUAUUGGAAGGUCCUAUGUAUGCUGUAGGAGGGCAUGAUGGUUGGAGCUACCUGAAUACAGUAGAAAGAUGGGAUCCACAGGCUCGUCAAUGGAACUUUGUAGCCAGUAUGUCAACUCCAAGGAGUACUGUUGGUGUAGCAGUAUUAAAUGGAAAACUUUAUGCAGUUGGUGGUCGGGAUGGAAGUUCUUGUCUCAAAUCUGUGGAAUGUUUUGAUCCUCAUACUAAUAAAUGGACUCUCUGUGCUCAAAUGUCAAAGAGAAGAGGAGGUGUGGGAGUAACUACUUGGAAUGGGUUCCUGUAUGCUAUUGGUGGGCAUGAUGCUCCAGCAUCAAACUUGACAUCCAGACUGUCAGACUGUGUGGAAAGGUAUGAUCCAAAAACAGAUGUGUGGACUGCAGUGGCCUCCAUGAGCAUUAGCAGAGAUGCAGUGGGAGUGUGUCUCCUUGGUGACAAGUUGUAUGCUGUUGGAGGAUAUGAUGGGCAAACCUAUCUUAACACAGUGGAGUCUUAUGAUCCCCAAACGAAUGAGUGGACACAGGUUGCACCAUUGUGCCUAGGAAGAGCUGGAGCAUGUGUUGUGACUGUAAAACUCUAAUUAUUUUGUAUAUGAAGAUACUAGUCUCUUCCAUAGACUCACUACUUUUUUCUCAAGUGAAUGAAUACGUUACCAGUAAACAGAGGUACUGUGUGUUUUCUUCAGAGCUAAGUGUUUGGUCUGAAGAUAGCAUACAGCUAAACAAUUUUGAAUGGACCAAUAAUAAGCACUUUUAAAAAAAAUUACCUUAUGUUACCAUAUACAUACAAGAACUGUAUUUGUAAGCUAUUGUACUGCGGUAAGUUGAUUGCCAACAAAUACUUUCUUAUUAGAAAGUGCUAAGAAACUGAGUGAGUCUAUUCUAAAAUAAUUGAAUGUUACAGAUUAAGGAUCCUGAUCUUGCAAACAUGCAUGAGAGUGACUUUAUUCACAGAAGUAGUCCCACUGAUUUCAAUGGGCAUAAGAUGUUGCAGGAUCAGGCCCUAGAUAUUUAAUUUGCCUAUACUGAAGGUGUUUUGCUGCAGCUAUGUAGGAUAUUAUUUUUUAGUGCAGAGAGACAAACCAGUGCAAAUCAGUUGUAAAUGGCAGGCAUAUUUCUUGCCUUGGAGAUGAAGGUAUAUAUUUGGUGACUAUAUUGCACUUUUUUCACCAUAACUGAGGUUUAGCAACCUUUUUAUUUAACCAAAGCCUUAUUUUAAAUAUUGUCUUUUUAUUAUGCUAAGAGAAAUCUGCUACUUAAUACUUUCUGCAGGAGUUAUGCAGCAUCCAGUAUACUCUGGAUUUUUAAAGGUUUUAUGUAACAUGCAGUAUAUUUCUUUACUUAAUUCCAUCUCAUAUUAUUUAUACUUGAUUGUAACUACUCUUUGUGAGUUUUUCCUUUUAAAAUAAAUUAAGUGAGAGAGAGCUGAAAUGUGAUUAAAAGUGACCCAGCAGAAGUUAAUAUGAGUGCUUUGGAAACUCCUAAGCAUUCCAUUACAUGAAGGUUAAAAAAGAUCUAUGAUAAUUGUUUUAAAUUGCAUUUAAAUUGGGGAUUUGCACUAAUUUGAAGAGUACAGUUUUAUAAGGUGAAAUGAAACACUUGUGCUGUUUUUCCUUUAAUGUUACUUCAACAAAUAAAGGUUUCGAGCCUACAAGAUGCUAACUGCCCUCAGUUGAGGAUGUUCAACACCUUGCAUAAGAGUAAUAGUACCUCACAGGAUCAGACCCAGUUAGUUACAUUAUGUAAUAUUAUAGUGAACUUCCUUUGAGAUACUUUAUAAUUUGCCUUUUUGAUUUGAUUGUUAUAGUUCAUUACACAGAAUUGUGUGGACAUUCCAAAUAUUCUCUGAAAGUUUUGUGAGGGUUUUUUUUUUUUUUUUGGCAUUUGCUUUUCUGUGCCUUGUUUCUUAUGUUUUCAAACAGUGUAGUACAUGAUUGUUUCUUUCUAAUGAAAAAUUUGAAGAUGUGGGCUCAUUGAGUGUUUGUGAAAGUAAGUUCAAAGUGUCUGAUGCCCAAAAUCUUUGUACAUUUGUAAUGUUUAAAUACAAAUGUGAAUGUUAAUGCUCAAUUAACUAUUUAUUGUUUUAAAAGAAAUUACUGAGAAGUAAAAAACUUUGUGAUGAAAUCUGUAAUGUUUGAUUCAUUAAUUUAUCUUUCAGUGUACACUGGUAAUCAUUGUUUAGUAUAAAUUGAAUACUGUUAAAAUCUUGUAAAGUACAAUUUCCAUUUCGUGGUUUAGUGCCUUAUUUUUGUGCAAUCUGUAAUACAAACAUUUUAUGCUUCGAUUAGCACAUUUAAAACAGAUUUAUUUCAGCUGCUUUACAUUAUUUUUUUAAAACUCAUAAUGUUGGACUUCUGUUUUUACAAAAACAUCUCCUCUAUCUCUAUCAAAUAUUUUUAGUUGUUCUUCAUUGUAAUUUCUCAUCACCAUAAACAAAACUCUUAGGCAUUCCAAGAGGAGCAUACUCUUCAUACCUCCAUCUCUUGCACUCCACCUUUUUAAAUGGGACUAUCCUGUUAGCCAGGUAAGUUUGUCUUUCAUCAGAGGUGUUGUAAUCCCUAGUUUGUCAUUCCAUUCCUCUUUUUCACAAUACAGAUAUAGCAUAGACAGCAACCAGGCAAGUAUCUUCACUACCUUGUCAAUGUCUAUGUGCUUAAAUUUUUUGUUGGAGGAACCACCUCUAGGGAUGACAGGAUAUUCCAUGUCCAUUCAAUCUUUGGUGUCUCUGAUGAGAUAGUAGAGAAAGAUGCUAACUACAGCCAGUUGACAUUUGUGCGUGCAUUAGCCUAUAUCAAUUAACAGACUAAAAUUAAAUUAAGGAAACCACUAACCACAUAUACUCUUCCCUUAUUCUGUAUGGGCAAAUUACUCCAUAAUUGACUGCUCUGAAGUUUCUUGCACCUUUCUCUGAAGCAUCGGGUACCAGCUGUCAUCAAGGAUCAGGGAUACUGGGCUGGACAGAUCAUUAGGUCAGUUCCUAUAUUCUUACAUAACACUAUAUCUAUGGAACUCGUGAAGUGAGGAUAAGGGCCCAGGCAUUGGCGUGUGCUUCCUGGAGAUGAAUGCAUGGCUCCACAGAUGGUGUUGACAGGAGGGCUUUCGUUUCCUCAACCAUAAAAUGCUGUUCCAGGAAGGAGGACUGCUGGGAAGAGAUGAUGUCCACCUAACCAAGAAGGGGAGAGCAUCGUUGUGCACCAAUUCACCAACCUAGUGAGCAGAGGUUUAAACUAGGUUCAAAGGGAUCAGGUGACAAAAAGUCCACAGGUAGGUGUAAAAAAAUGACCUUAACCGAAA